CGUCGUUUGACGCGGAAGACACCAGGCGAAUUGAGGACUGACAUCUUCAUCCAUCAGAUAAGCUGACUAGUCGUUCUUAUGAUAGAACCCGACUUAACUCCCCAGAAAAAUAAAACUCUUUGGGAAACCAUCGCGAAGUACGAAUUUGACUCUGUGGUUGUAGGUUUAUCUAAAGACGUUUGGUCAUGACGUGGCGAUAUCUGAUUGGUCCGCUGCUGUGGGUGACCGUUUCUAUACAUGUCGUGAGCACCGAGUACGUUGACCUGCCGUGUAAGGCAGCCAUGGGUAUGGAGACGGGGCAGAUCACAGAUCAGCAGAUAUCCGCGUCUUCCUAUCGUUAUGGAAGCUUAAACCCUCAGAACAGCCGACUGAAUGGUGACCGAUCCUGGUCCGCUAAAGGGAGCGACAAGGACCAGUGGAUUCAGGUGGACUUCAUGCAAACAGCGAAAAUCACACAAGUAGCGACGCAAGGCCGAGCGGACGCGGACCAAUGGGUGACCUCGUACAGACUCGAGUACAGCCGGGAUUUCAUUGUGUGGCAGUCGUAUGCUACGGAGUUCAAAGGCAAUGACGACCGCUCUACAGUACAAACCAACGACGUCGUCCCAGCGAUCAUUGCGCGUUUUGUCCGCAUUCGUCCAACAAAAUGGCACAGUUACAUCUCCCUGCGAGCCGAAUUCUUUGGUUGUAGAUCUGGGUUUUACGUGCCUCGAGAAGAUUGCGCAGCUCCACUGGGAAUGACUGACCACAGUAUCGCGGACUCGAGUAUCACAGCCUCGUCUUCAUCCGGUGCUAGCACAUUACCUUCCCAGGGUCGCCUUUACAAUAGAAAAACAUCUUCCUUCACCGGGGCAUGGCUGGCGAAGAAUAAUGACAUGGAACAAUAUUUCCAGAUCGACCUAAAAAAGAUGACAAAAAUAACAAAAGUGGCGACCCAGGGCCGACCAGAUUCCAACCAAUGGGUCAAGUCUUACCGACUGGAAUAUAGUUUUAAUGAUGCCUAUUACCAGCCGUACAGCGACGGCAAGAGCAUGCCGGGAAAUACAAACAGAGAUGAUGUACACGUCAACAUUCUCCAGCCAGUCAUAAUCACGCGUUACAUCCGGGUAUGCCCCAUGCUAUAUCAGAGCCAUAUCGCGAUGCGCGUAGAGAUGUAUGGAUGCCAUGAAGGUUUUCAAGUUCCUGAUUUCCCACAAUGUCAAUCUAAAAUCAACAUGAAAGAUAGUCAAAUGACAGCCUCGUCCCAGUACACGGGCUCUAAACCACAGCAUGCCCGGCUUUACACACAGGCAGGCGGAUACGGGGCUUGGGUGGCUUCCGUUAAUGACGGGUUCCAGUUCCUUCAAAUUGAUCUCGGCCAAGUAACAAAGGUAACCCGCGUAUCUACACAAGGUCGCAAAGGCGCGUCUCAGUGGGUAACAAAAUACAGUCUGGAAUACAGCUUGGACGACGCAGUCUUCACCCUCCAUAAUGAUGUCAACAACAAACUGAAGGUUUUCGAUGGAAACAAAAACAACUAUGACGUAGUGAGUCAUGUGAUUACUCCGGCAAUCAUUACGCUCUUCGUCCGAAUCCGACCUCAAUCCUGGAGCGGCCAUAUUUCCAUGCGCGCCGAGUUCUAUGGUUGUACCGAAGGCUUCGACAAACCGAACAUACCAGAGUGCAUGUCUCCUAUGGGACUUAGAACCGGACAGAUCCCGGACAACCAGAUAACAGCAUCGUCCGAGUAUAACAGUGCAUAUCGAGCAGGCAACGGAAGAUUGUACUUUUACAAGCAAAACGGCCGCUAUAGUACAUGGUUAGCAAAGCAUAACGACGACAAGCAAUGGUUACAGGUGGACUUCUUCAAUAUCGUCAAAAUUACUCGCGUGGCUACACAGGGAACACCAGAUUCGGAUUGGUGGGUCAAGACGUACUCACUGGAGUUCAGCAGAGAUGGAGUAUUCUGGGAAUUCUAUCAACAAGGAGCAAGCAUUUCGGAGCUGAGUGGUAAUGAUGAUCGGCACACUGUUGUACUACACGAUCUUGUCACUCCUAUCUUCGCCUGCUACGUCCGCACGCGACCCAAGACCUGGAAGACGAGAAUCUCCUUAAGACAAGAAUUAUACGGCUGCAAAGAAGGAUUUGUGGUGCCAAAGGAAAACUGUACAACAGCCCUUGGACUAGAAAACAAGAACAUCCCAGACUCUGGUCUAACGGCAUCCUCAGAAUGGAACAAGGACUAUACAGCUGCGCGCGCACGCCUCAACAUCAAGAAACAAGGAAGUCUCUCUGGCGCAUGGUCAACCAAAACCAAUGAUGGCAGCCAAUGGCUCCAAGUGAACCUCGGUAGCGUCACUAUGGUAACGCGAAUAGCUACUCAAGGGCGUCAGGACCAUAACCAAUGGGUCACGAGCUACACUUUAUCUAGUAAUCUGCGCCAAGGGCAUUACUUCACACCCUACAACGACCACGAGGUUCUGGAGGGAAACAAAGACAGGAAUACCAUCGUUGGGCACAUUUUGAAGCCGACUAUUUUUGCACUUCUCCUCCGGGUUCAUCCGCACACUUGGCUCGGUCACAUUUCAAUAAGAAUGGAGCUUUACGGCUGUACUAAAGGCUUCGUUGUACCAACACCUCCCGAAUGCAACAGCGCCAUCAUAUUACCAGACCAGCAAAUAACGGCGUCAUCACAAGCGAAUUCCGCACACAGAGCCUCCAACGGACGAUUACAUCACUUGGCCGGGAAUGGAAGGACUGGGGCCUGGUCAGCAGGAAGCAAUGAUCAGUACCAGUACCUCGAGUUUCAAUUCACUCAUCCAACAAAGGUAACCCGUGUUGCGACUCAAGGCCGUCAGGACUCAGCGCAGUGGGUGAAGAGCUACACAAUCGAGUACAGUCUGGACGGGGCGUUGUACACCGCGUUUAAACAAAAUGGGAAAACACAUAUCUUCACUGGCAAUACGGAUCAACACCAUAUUGUCAGUCACGUGAUCAGCCCCGCAGUCAUCGCUCGCUUUAUCAGAAUCCACCCACAAACCUGGCACUCCCACAUCUCCUUGCGCGCAGAGUUCUACGGAUGUACUGAUGGAUUUGAGCCGCCAGCAGAACCUGAAUGCGUGAAGCCACUUGGUUGCCAGUGCUUGUCAAUCAAGGACUCUCAGUUCAGCGCAUCAUCGGAGUAUAGUGUGACACUGAAGGCUGGUAACGCUCGUCUUCAUCUUGUACCACGUGACGGGAGAGGCGGUGGAUGGGCUGCUAAGCAUAACGACAACAAACAGUGGCUCCAGCUUGACUUAAAGUCGUACAAGACAGUGACACGUAUCGCCACACAAGGCCGCAAGGACGCCAACCAAUGGGUGACGAGUUACAGGGUGGAGUACAGCCAGGACGGGAGUGUCUUCUCAUCCUAUCAGCACAACGGCAAAGAUGUGAUAUUCACUGGUAACAGGGACAGAGGAAGCGUUGUCUUGCACUCUUUCGACCCACCCAUCACAAAUGUGCGCAUGCUUAGACUUCUACCGCUGACCUGGCAUAGCCAUAUCUCGUUGCGCCUGGAAUUCUACGGCUGCCCUGGAGAAAUCCCUUACCUUGCCAAGCCAUGCCCCAAAUCCUUGGAUAUCGGCAUCGCCCUCGACCGCUCCACCAGCGUUGGCCCCAGACACUUCAACAUCGCCAAAACCUUCCUAAAAACCCUUGUUGAAAGAAUGAAGAUCUCCACAAACGGAAGCCAUUUUGGAUUGAUAGCGUACAGUUCUAGUGCAAGUCGAGUUAUAAGUUUCAGGUUUUCGCAAAAAGCGGCUGACAUCAACCGAGAAAUAGACGACAUCGAAUUCACUGGCGGAAAGACGCGCACAGACUUCGCCCUUCAGGUGGCGAUCACCGACUUGUUCACGAACAGCGCAGGGGACAGGGAAAACGUCCCUGAUGUACUGAUUGUCAUGACAAACGGUCGGACUAGCCAGGGCAGUUUGCCAUAUAAAGACGUCAUGAAACCACUUAAGGAAAAGAAAGUCGACGUUAUUGCUGUUGGAAUUGGGCCUGACGUCAACGUAGCAGAGCUGCUGGAGAUUGCGGAGGGAAGCCUUGAUCACGUGAUCCGCGUGGAUGACUACGAGGCUCUCGCCAUCGAACUCAACUCGAUCCUCGCACUCUCUUGUCCAUCUGGACCAGAAAUUCUUUGAAAUUAACACAGAAAUGUAAUGAACUGCAAUAACAAUGAGCAAUUGUGUA